AUGAAGCGCAGUCUUGGGUUGUUGAUGUUUCUCAGCGUGCAUCUGAAAUACCGCUCGGUUCGUAACACCGGAUUCAACAAAUAGUUCCUAGACGUAAUAAAACGCUUUCACCGGAACACGAGAAGAGAACUGGAGUCGAGAAAUCUAAGAGCAGAGAAAUAAACCUGCUUCAAGAAGUGACAUAAGGCCUCUGAUACAGCUCCAGAGGAGAUCUGCAGGACUUCUAGUAAUGGUAAGCCAUAAUGGAGAACAAGAGUGAUGAUGGGGCGCUCCACACCACCACCCUGACGAAUAAACAGCGGGGGAAUGAGGUCACAGUCCGACCGGCCACUUUGGACAAUCUCUCCAUUCAUCAGUUUGCUGCUCAUGGAGAAAUAUCACAAGUAAAGACGCAUCUUGCCUCAGAUAUUUCCCUGCUGAACAGUCAGGAUGAACGAGGUUUCACUCCAUUGACGUGGGCAGCAGCGUUUGGAGAGAUCGAAAUGGUCCAGUUUCUCCUUGAGAAGGGAGCUGAUCCAAAAAUAUUUGCACGAGAGCGGGAAAGUGCCUUGUCUUUGGCCAGUGCUGGGGGAUUUGCAGACAUCGUCAGUAUUCUGUUAAAACAUGAAGUUGACGUCGAUUCCUAUGACUGGAAUGGAGGUACUCCACUUCUUUAUGCAGUUCGUGGCAAUCAUAUGAAAUGUGUGGAAGCUCUCCUAGGUCAUGGUGCAGAUAUAACAUUUGAAUCAGACUCCGGAUACAGUCCAGUGGCCCUCGCUGUUGCUCUUGGCUACAAAAAAAUGCAAAAGCUGCUUGAGGAUCACAUUCUGAAACUGUUACGGAACUGAAGCAGAAGACAUUUGACAACUUUACAUGGCUUUUCUUGCUCUGAAUGUAAACUUUUUUUUACCUUUUUAAUAAAAAUAUCAUUACAAAUA